CUUAACUGUGCCCGGCGCGAGCGGCUCCGGGCCCGUUCGUAACCUCGCAGCCUCCAGAACGCCGGCGGGGUCUCCUUUCGGUCUCCAGUGAGCAAGGAGCCGAGCCUCGCUCGGGCCGCCUGUGAGGUUGCAAGAUGUGCUGCGAGAAGUGGAGCCGCGUGGCCGAAAUGUUUCUGUUCCUUGAAGACCGGGAGGAGGAGUUUAAGAUCCUUUGCGUCUGCUCCAGGGCGUUUGUGGAGGAUCGAAAAUUGUGCAACUUGGGAUUAAAAGGCUACUAUGUCAAAGGCAGUGACAACAAUGCAGGAGACCAGGCUACAGAAGAGGAGGAAGAGGGUCAUUCCCUCUGCACUGCUGAAUUACCUGACAGCAAACGCAUGGGACUGGAUGAAAGUGAACUUGAUUCUGAGGCCGAACUCAUGAGAAGUAUGGGAUUGCCGCUUCAGUUUGGUGGGGUUUCUGCACAUAAGAAUUUUGAGAUAUCUAUGAAUACUAGAAAUAAAGUUAAAAUAAAAAAGAAAAAGAGAAAACAUCAAAAGAAGUACUUAGAUGAAAUGAUACGAGAAUCUUUGAGAAAGGAAUAUGAAGAUGAUGACAGUUUGGCCUCAGAUGAUCCAUCUUCAGUUGAACACUGUGAAAAUACCAGAACAUGUAAAUUUCAAGGCAAAAAGGACGUUGAAACCAAAAGUCUUCCUGUUGAAAAUACUUUAUCUGCAAAGCUAGAAAUUACAGAGAAAUGGGAGCAAUAUUGGAAUGAAUAUGGAGGAGGACUAUUAUGGCAAAGUUGGCAAGAAAAACAUCCAGAUCAAGCACUGUCUUCUGAACCUUGGAACUUUCCUGAAACAAAAGAAGAAUGGGAACAACAUUAUAGUCAAAUUUAUUGGUAUUAUUUGGAACAGUUUCAGUAUUGGGAAGCUCAGGGUUGGACUUUUGAUACCUCACAAAACAGCAAUAUAGACACUUGUGCAAUGAAAACAGAAGUUGAUAACCAGGAAGAUGAAAAUUGCAUGAAAGUUGGCUUAAUAUCUUUUCCAUCAUCACCUAGUAUAGCUCAUAAUGAAAGCUCUAGUUCCGAUGAUAAGGAUCAUAAUGAAAUACUUGCUGGAAUUAGUAAUAUAACUCUGAAUUCAGAGGAAAUAGGCCAGAGCCAGUUAGACUCCUCAGUAAGUUGUGAUGGUCAUCAGGAGCUAAGUGAGGACAGCAGCAGUAGAGAGUGCCCUGCUUCUGGCCAAAGGGAACCAAGUAAUGGAGAAACCAAGGAGAACAACUUAUCUGGGAAUACAAGCACAGACCAACCAGCCCAGGAUUCACAGGAGUCUUCAGGAGCAAACAAAAGCAAAGGCAGACCACACACCAGUGGUGUUGAUGGAGACGAGAGUGAUGAAGAUCCACCUGAGAGUAAACCAAGCAAACUCAAGAGGAGCCAUGAACUGGACAUCAAUGAAAACCCAGAUUCAGACAUGGAUGACAAUGGUGCCCUUCUAGGAUUCAAGCAUGGCUCAGGACAAAAAUAUGGAGGAAUUGCAAAUUUCAGUCAUCGGCAGGUCAGGUAUCUAGAGAAGAACAUAAAGCAUAAGUCAAAGCAUCUGGACAUGCGCAGACAAAUCACGAUGAAAAACAAGCACAUCUUCUUUACCGAAGAGGCAGAAAAAUCAUUUUUAAAAAAAAGCAAAACUCUGAGUAAGGUAGAAAAGUUCCUAAAAUGGGUUAAUGAACCAGUGGGUGAAGAAGCAUCACAGGAGUCAUUUUCUCACAACAGUGUGCAAGACACUUGUACAAGCAGUGACUCAGGGGAGCAGGACGUGUCUGUUAAAACAGCUGAUGACCUGCUGGAGACUGGUAAGGCAGAACCUGAAAAGUGUCAGACCUUAUCUUCUGCUGGCAAACUUGAACCAGAAAAAAGUGAAAGCGACAGCUUAGUAGCAGCUGUUCCGGAUAAGCAGGAUUGCGUUACUCAAGACACACCAGAUUCCUUCCAGGUAGAAACUGAAGCUGGAAUAAAAAAGAAGAAGAAACACAAGAACAAAAAGCCGAAUGACCUGCCUCCUGAGAUAGCUGCUGAUCCUGAGCUGGUAAAAUACUGGGCCCAGAGAUACAGGCUCUUCUCCCGUUUUGAUGACGGGAUUAAGUUAGACAGAGAGGGCUGGUUCUCAGUCACUCCUGAGAAGAUUGCUGAGCACAUUGCUGGCCGCGUCAGUCAGUCUUCCAACUGUAACGUGGUGGUGGAUGCGUUCUGUGGAGUUGGAGGAAAUACCAUCCAGUUUGCCUUGACAGGAAAGAAAGUGAUUGCCAUUGAUAUUGAUCCUGUUAAGAUUGAUCUUGCUCGCAAUAAUGCAGAAGUUUAUGGGAUAGCAGACAAGAUAGAGUUCAUCUGUGGAGAUUUCCUGCUGCUGGCUCCUUGUUUAAAGGCUGAUGUUGUGUUCCUCAGCCCACCUUGGGGAGGACCAGACUAUGCCACUGCAGAGACUUUCGACAUUAGGACAAUGAUGUCUCCGGAUGGCUUUGAAAUUUUCAGACUUUCCCAGCAGAUUACUAAUAAUAUUAUUUAUUUUCUUCCAAGAAAUGCUGAUAUUGACCAGGUGGCAUCCUUAGCUGGACCUGGAGGGCAAGUGGAAAUAGAACAGAACUUUCUUAACAAUAAACUGAAGACCAUCACUGCCUAUUUUGGUGACUUGAUCAGAAGACCAGCCUCUGAAACCUAAUUGUGAGGCAGUACAAGGGCAGAGAGGUCACCUGGUAGUCAGAACAUAAUUCUGACUACCAGAAUUCUGGUAUGUCUUCUUGAACUCACUGAUAACUUUGUACUCAAGGUCUUCUAUAGCCAUAUGGGAUGAAAACUUACAGGAGCUUCAUGAAUAUUAAUGAAGUGCUUUGAGAUUUUUGGACAAUAUUACUAUGUACAAUAGGAUAGUAAGUGUCUGAUAUGGAAAAGGGAAACUUGCCUUUGUGGUUAAUUUUAGGGUGUGUCUUUGUGUGUUUCUAAAAUUUUAUAUGUUUUAACAUUUUUGUGGAUGUGGAUGUAUAUAUAAAACACAAUUACUGUUUUUUUAAAAAUAGAUAUAAAGAAAGUAGCAAAUGAGGUGUAUUAUACUCAUUUAAACCCUAAUAAAAAAAUAAUGUUGCGUAUUUAAGGCAGUACCAAAUGGUACAAAUGAAAAAUUGAGUCUCCUAUUCCCUCCCCUACUCAUUAUUCACCAUUCUAAAUAAUCACAGCUAACAAUGUUUUAUAAUUCCUUGGAGGACAGAAAGGAAUUGCAGUAUGCCCUAUGAUACUUUUUCUUAUUGAUGCACUGUUCAAUUUUUUUUUCAAUUUAAUGCUUAAUGUAUUUUUAAGUAUAGACUUUUUUAUCUUGAAGACCUUUGGGUAUCAGUACAUCCGUAUAGAUCUACCUCAUUUUUUUAAAUGACUGCCCUGUACUCCAUCUUCUGGAUAUGCAGUAAUUAGUUUAACCAGUUCCUUGUGGAUGGCUGUGGGCUGUUUGUAGUAUUUUUGCUGUUAUCAAUGAUUCUGCACUGUCCUUGAGUAUAAUGUUUAUUACUGAACAGAUGCACUGUUAUACCCAUAAAGUUGCACAUUUUGAUUUUGGUACAUACGGUCAAAAUGCCUCGAGAAAGGUGGGCCCACUUGUACUCUGACCCACACUAAUUAAAAUGCACAUUUCCCUCCACCCUUCCCUGCCUAGCAUUUCAUUAUCUGAUGGGUGAGGAAAUUGAUAAAUUACUGAUUGUGUGUGUUUCUUUAAUUAUAAAUGAGAUUAGUGAUAAUAUUCAUGUAUUUUGUCCUUUUUUGUUUCCUUCUUUUGAAAAUUUUCCCUUGAAUUGUCAUUUUCUUAUUAAUAUAUAUGAGUUCUUUGUAAAUUAAAGAACCCUCAGUCCUUAGUAGGUGUUAUAAAUAUGUCUUUCCAGUUACUGCCUUUUGACAUGUUUUGAGUUUUGUUUUGUUUUGUUUUGUUUUUAUACAUGUAUUUGGGCCAGGUAUAAGUUUUUAAUUUUAAUGUAAUCAGGCAUUCUUUUUUCUUCGUGCCUUCUGAGUUUACGUCAUUUUGAAAUAUAUUUCCUACUCCUAAAAUAUACAUUUCUUUAGUGUUUUCUAGAAUGUUCUUGUUUUGAUGUCUUUGCUUCAUCUGGAAUUUGCUUUUUAAUAUC